AGAGAGUGUGUGUAAGAGAGAGAGUGUGUACACUCACCAAUGACCUGUACAAACGCAGAGAUGGAGAGAGAGUAACAUAUGGAAUGAAAUUAACAUUUACAGGUGUAUAGGGAGGGAGCCAGGGGUGUAAAGAGGGAGAUGUAGAGAGAGAGAGAGAGGGAGAGGGGGCGCGGGCUGGAGAUAUAGAGAGAAGAAUAGAGAUGGGGGAUUGAAGUACUUGCCAUCUGUUGUACUUUGAGAGCUCUUCGGUAUUUCCGAAGCCUUUCCCUUCGCCUAUAUAGUGAUGGUGAGGCAGCCAAAGGAGGUACCUUUCGUGCUCUCUGUGGGUUCUCUCUCUCGCUUCUGAGGCAGACCCACGAGCUUCGUCAAUGUUGAAACCCUAAUUCGGGAUUCUAGCCCUAAUUUUGUGUGCUGGUUGAUCCCAAAAUGCACUGUGGAGACUUGUAGCAGUAUUAAAUUAUGUCAGCUUGAAGUUCUGCUGGUAUUGAGUUUAAUAUUUUCUUUUCCAUGAAAAUGAUGGUGGUUACAUAUGAGACAAAGGAUUGAAGUUAGUGCAGAUUAAGUUUGACUGUGAUCAGUAGGUAAAGAUGUUAUUGAGCAAAGAAAUUGAGGAUUUGCAUGAUGAUGAUUUUGAAGGGUCAAAUGAUGAGUGCCGUAUUUUUAGAGAGGUCUUCUUUAGAAAUAACACCGAUAGUGCAAGUAAGAGGUUUCUUGUCACUGGAUUUAUUAACUUUGAAUGUGAGGAUAAUAAGCAGACAGAUACAUCGCUCUGUUCAAAUAGCGAAAACUCAGCAGUAACAAGUCAGUCGUCUAAAGAUUUGUACAUGGGCGAUUCUUGUAAUGUACCUGAAGAUUCUAGAGGAACUUCUGGUCCGGGGUCUUUUUCUGAGAGAUUUACUUUGGUGGAAGGGAAUGACCAUGAUGUAAACGUUAAGCGAAUGAAGUUGUCAGAUGAUGAACUUUGUAACUUGAAACCUGAUUUUGAGAAGUUUUUUGAUUCAUCAGCACCCUUGAAAGAAAUUGUUUCUGGUAUGUCCCCUCCUGCUUCUGAAUCUGUUUAUAAAAAGGUAAGAUGCCAUUUAGUUGAAUCUUCGGAUCAGGGUGUUAAAUACCGUUGCUAUCUGCUUAAGCGUCAUCUGCAAAUGGAGAGAGCAUGUAGUUUCAGUGACCGGGAUGCUAUGAAGUGUAGAUUAUCCAGCUUAGAUGGAAGUGAUCGGAAGGAAGUUGUUGUAAGUAAAGCUAUUGCUUCUCCUGUUUCUCAGGAGAGCUUUGCAACCAAGCUUUUGGUUGCAAGUCCACCCGUCGCUGUUGCUGAUAAGUCUGGGCCUCCGCUCUUUUCCGAGGACAGACCAAAGAAAUCCGUAUUUCUAGAAUUGGAUGCGCUUUAUGCAUCUCCAAGUGUAGAAUCUCUGAAGGAUCCUCGUCCUCUUCUUCAUGAUCAUAUCAAUCAUGUGCUUAUUGCAGCGGGUUGGUCUAUUGAGAAGCGUAAAAGGAACAGUAGGCCUCAUGAGGAGUCAGUUUAUAGAUCGCCAGAGGGAAGGCCGAUUCGUGAAUUUCCUAAGGCUUGGAGAUUAUGUGGUGAGAAUUUAUUUGCUGAUAGAUACAGUUUGGUACAGGAAAAUGAUGCUAAGGAAUGGACUGAUAUCAGUGAAUUCUGGUCUAAUCUAUCUAACGUAUUGACAUAUAUAGAUAAAAAGAUUAAUGAAGCAGAAACUGCUAUUACAUUGGCUCAUCGAUGGAGUUUGUUAGAUCCCUUCAUAACUGUUGUGUUUAUUGACAAGAAGAUUGGUGCACUGAGAAAGGGAAACGCAGUUAAAGCGAUAAGAAGUAUAGUGGUUGAAAAGAAACAGAAAAAUAAUGCUGUUUUGGUCAUGAAAGAUGUGGGUUGCAUAAAAAAUCAGUUUGCACGGAGAGAUCCUCCAGCUGCGAUUUCUGAUUCUUCUUUGGCCAGUGGAAGUGCAUUGACUGUUUUUGAAGGGACUUAUCAUAUGGCUGAUGAAAAAGGUGAGCAAUUUGGUGAUGGAAGGCCCUUGAAAUUUGGUCAACAUGCACAGAAGGGGGCAGUGAGGACUCUGAAGGGGGUUUCAAUAUAUAUGGCUGAUGAAAAGGGUACGUGUUCAAUAGAUACUGUGGAUGCAAUGGCAAAUCAGGGUGGGGGAAUGCUAGAGAAAAAAAGAAGCAGUUUGGAUCCGAGUUCUUUGCAAGCUUGUGUGUCAGAUGGUAUGUGUAUCCAGUCUGGUAAGGGCCUUUAUGAUGUUCCCAUUACUUCUGAAAAUGUUGAUGUUAUGCGGUCUGAAACUGUCUCCCCUCAUCAAGAUAGUAACAUGAAUUCUCCAAGCUGUGAUAAACAGAUUUCAGAUCAUAAUAUGGAAUUGUCUGUGGACAUUGUUAAAGCUGCAUCAAAUGAUAUGUGGGACGAAAAAGAUGAAUGGCUGGAAGGCCUAGUCACUGAUAAGGUGGGGAGCCAUCUGCUGCAGUCACUGGAGGUCGUUCCAAACUGCACCAUAAAGAAUGGUCUGGCUCAAGGUGAUGACCCAGAUAAAACUUAUGCUCAGUUGGAUUUCUCACUCUGUGGUGAUGCGCCAAUUUCACAUAAAAUUGUAAUUCCAGGGGUUUUACAUCCUUCUGGACAUAUAAGGAAUGAGGGUGGACGAGCUGUUGAAGCUUCAGAAUUGAAGACGGAUGGUACUUAUCUGUCAGCAGAUGCGAUCUUGAAAAAAAAGAUGCGCAGGAAGUCUAAAAAGAUAUCCGAAAUCAAACUGAGCACAUUAUACAGAAAUGAAAUUUUAGGUCUGCCCUUGCCUAGUAGAGCUGAACUGCAGAAUAUCCACGAACAUGACCCCGAGUUAGAGUCAGAAGAAAUGGAGGAGUCCUUGAUGGCCAUUGCUAGAAACAAUGGUGGUUGCAAAAGGUCCUCAUCUCUUAGCUCUUCCCAGUGUCAAAGUGAAAGAAAACGGUCUAAGUUCAAAAAGUUCCACCACAGUGUUGAUAGUUCGGGAGGAUUGGUUCAAGUGGUUCAUGAUAGUGAUUUUUCAGAGGAGUUCAACAUUGAGAAUAAUACUAAUAAUGAAUCUCUGCAUGUAAAUAUUGGUUCUAAGCCUGAAACCAAAUAUGGAAAUGGACAAAGGAAUUCAAGCAGUUGCCAGAUUGAAGAUGAUGAUCUUUUGAUUGCAGCUAUUAUACAAAACAGAAAUGCCAGCUCCAGCACAAAGCGUCCAAGCUCAAAAAUGAAGGUAAAAAAAUCAAAAGCGCCAAAUAAGCUCAAGAAAAGAAAGGGGAAUUGCAAGUUGCUGCCAAGAAGCGUGGGCAAGGGUGGAAGGCAUGCCACAGAUGGAAAGUGGACAUCCUCAGGAGUAAGAACGGUGUUGUCCUGGUUAAUAGAUGCUGGUGUUAUAUCUUCCAAUGAUGUUAUCCAGUACCGUAAUCUCAAGGAUAAUGCUGUGGUGAAGGAUGGUUAUGUAACCCGUGACGGGAUUGUUUGCAAAUGUUGCACAGAGCUGUUUUCAGUUUGUAACUUCAAAAUUCAUGCUGGUUUCAAGCUGAAUCGGCCCUGUCGCAACCUAUUCAUGGAGUCUGGCAAGUCAUUCACUUUGUGCCAGCUUCAGGCCUGGUCUACUGAAUAUAAAGUCAGGAAAGGUGGCAUAAAAAAUGUACAAAUUGAUGAAAUUGACCAAAAUGACGAUUCGUGUGGAUUAUGCGGGGAUGGGGGUGAAUUGAUAUGCUGUGAUAACUGCCCAUCUACUUUUCAUCAGGCUUGCUUGUCUGCAAAGGAGCUCCCUGAAGGCAAUUGGUAUUGCCCAAACUGCACUUGCCGGAUUUGUGGAGAUUUGGUUAAGGACAGAGAAGCAUCAAGUUCUUUUCUUGCAUUAAAAUGUUCCCAGUGCGAGCACAAAUAUCAUAUGCCAUGCUUGAAAGAAAAGUGUGUAAAAGAAGUGGGUGGUGAUGCUCGGUUUUGUGGUGAGAAUUGCCAAGAGAUCUACUCAGGUCUUCAGGGUCUCCUUGGGUUUGUCAACCAUAUUGCUGAUGGCUUCACUUGGACACUCUUGAGAUGCAUCCAUGAUGACCAGAAGGUUCAUUCUUCCCAAAAGCUUGCUCUGAAGGCCGAAUGUAACUCAAAAUUAGCUGUUGCUCUGACUAUAAUGGAGGAGUGCUUUUUGUCCAUGGUGGAUCCACGAACAGGGAUAGACAUGAUACCCCAUGUGUUAUACAACCGGGGGUCAGAUUUUGCACGUCUGAACUUUAAUGGGUUUUACACAGUGGUUUUGGAGAAAGAUGAUGCGCUGGUAUCUGUAGCAUCUAUCAGGGUACAUGGAGUGACAGUUGCAGAGAUGCCCCUGAUUGCAACUUACGAAAAAUUUCGUAGCAAGGGAAUGUGUCGACUACUUAUGAAUGCCAUUGAAAAGAUGCUAAAAUCUGUCAAGGUCGAAAAGAUUGUGGUUGCUGCUAUUCCAAGUUUGGUGGAGACGUGGACUCUGGGUUUUGGCUUCAAACCCGUGGAGGAUGAUGAAAAAGCAAGUCUGAAGAAAAUCAACUUGAUGGUGUUUCCUGGAACAAUACUGCUGAAAAAGUCUUUGUAUGAGAACCAAGAAACAGAUAAACAAGCAGGAACAGAUUGUGCGUUACCCUUAGAAGCGGCAAAACUGACUAAGUUGGAUGCUAGUAUCAAAGAAGAGUUAGUCAUUGAGUCUGCACAACUAUCUAAUGCGAACUGUUGUGUUGAAGGAGGUGCUGAAAUGGAGAUUGGAUGCCCCGACUCCCAGAAUCUGCAAGUAGGUGAGUCUUAUGAAGAACUGGCUUCAACAAUAGUGGACAGCCAACUUGAACUGGCUCCCAAUGUUGAAUCUGAAAGUGUGUAUGAUGUGAGACAACUUUCUCCGAUGGAACAGUCGCAGAAAGCCGAUAUGUUGGAUGAGCAGCAGUAAUAAAAUCAUAGAUGUUAGAAAAGCUUGACUUCUUGGAUUUUGCAUCCCGGUAAACGGGCCGUUUUUUUCCUUAAAUUUUCUUUUCAUUUUUCCCCCUUAUGAACCAAAAAUAAGGAGUUGAUAUUUUGGACAAGGAAACAAAGACAGAAAGAGCCAAAGCAAUAAAGAAUAAAGCCAAUCAAGAACAAUAGGUUUUCCCCAGAAACAUUUUAAAGGGAAUUGACCUUGGACAGGGGGGAGUAGGCAAAUCAGAAACAUAGAAUGGGUUAUAACCCUAAUGUUGCCUUUUUUUUCUUGAUGAUUCCUUCCAUCUUGGGAUACAGAUGAUGAGGGAGUGGAUCAAGACAAAACCCUCAAUAAAACUUUGUUAUUGUUUUUCUGGGUGAUGUGAUGAUGUGUGAAUGUUCUUCCGGCGGAAUAUCAACUGAGUAGUAAUGCAUGUGAUCUACUAUGGUCUGAACUCUGAAGCAGAGCCUUUAAUGGAUGCCAUGGCCAAAAGCAGUCAGUCGGACCACCACCAGGGAAAUCCUUUGCCUUGGGUUUUAUUGCAUGCUGUGUACUAUAGUCUGAAUCAGAAUUUUAAUGCAUGCAGUUUAUGAUUAUGAUCUGAAGCAGGUUGAAGAAGCUGCAUAAGAAAAGCAGAUCAAAUCUAUGAUUAUUUUAGGUUUUCUUUCUGCUUAGGACUUUGUUGGAUGGAGGAGAUUAGGCUUUUGAUGCUGGUAGAUUCUUCAUGAAAAGACCCUCAUAUAUGAUCUCUAAUGUUGAUUUGUUUCUUU